CCGCGACAAGAUGGCUGCCUUGCCGGGCGGGAUUCAGGGGCUGUACCCCGAGGCUCUGAGCCCCGAGCAGCUGGAGAAGCUGCGCGGCUUCAAGAUUCAGACUCGGAUUACUAAUGAAAAGUACCUGCGGACCCACAGAGAAGUGGAGUUGCUCAUAAGUGGUUUCUUCAGGGAAAUAUUUUUGAAAAGACCAGACAACAUUCAAGAAUUUGCCGCAGACUAUUUCACGGAUCCAAGACUUCCCAACAAGAUUCACAUGCAGCUCAUUAAGGAGAAGAAAGCGGCUUAAUUAGCAAAAUCACGAUGCUCAGCUGUCGAGAGAGACCAGAAAGAAUCCAGCCUCGGGGGUCAUCUGGAAGCAGGAGAGCCCGGUUGUCAUCAGUGUGGGUUUCCAGGCAGCCUUGGGCUGUGUCUGCUGUUGCAAAGGCUUUUAAAGAUACUCAUUAAAAACAGACCUUCCUGUUCUCUCUGCUUUAUUUCACU